GCUUGGUGCCCAGCUGUUAAGGAAAUGGCGGCCGCAGCAAUGGCAGGGGCUGCCGAUCCUCCGCAUCUGACGGAGGCUAAAAAGCUGGAGUAUUUCUCCUCCAUAAACUCGAUGGCUCGUAAGAUUAUGCAGGAGAGGGAAAAGAUAAAGGAGACGUACGGUUCGGCUUGGAGUCAGAUGAGUCCGGUUGAGCAGGACACGGCGAUAGACAACGGUAUGAUGGAUCCGCGGAUCCGGGCUCGGUACGCUAUGCACCGGGUGGACCGAGACGAGGUGAUCUGCUACCCGAAACUGCUCAUCCAGACCGGACAAAAGAUCGUACACUUCGGAGAAGAGGAUUUAACUUGGCAAGAUGAGCACUCAGCACCCUUCUCUUGGGAGACUAAAAGUCAGAUGGACUUCAGUAUCUCCAAUAUGACCGAACCAUUCGUUCCUCCCUCGGUGAAUGAGCCCAAACCCAAAACAUCUCAGACCACCAAGCUUCCCAGCAAUGACGAGUCCUCCUUCUGGAAGAUCAGCGCUGAACGCUCAAGACUCGAUAACGAGAAGGCAGAAUUUCCCUCUCUGACGCCCAGUCAGAUCAAGUCAUUGGAGAAAGGAGAGAAGCCAUUGCCUUCGUACCUGAGGUUAGAGUCUGGGUCGAGGGAUAUGGAGGAAGUUCCUGUUUCGAGGCCAGCCAAACAGAGAGCCCCAAAACCUCCAGCGCCACCUCCGCCACCCCCCGUUCCCAUCAGCAUGACCCCUGCGGCCAUAAGUGUGACUCCAACUCCUCCGGCUAUAGUGCCUUCGUUGGAGGAAGGCUGGGAAAGAGCCCAAAGCACGCUGCCUUCAGUAAGCAGCACCACGGAUGAGGUGUUCAGCCCAGGUCUGGUCACGAGGUCUUCCUCUCAAUCCAACAGCACAGUUAAAGAUGUGGAAAAGGCAGAAGCUUCACCCGCUUCCAGUCCAACCUUCUCACAGUUCAACACAAGCAGCUCUAUCCUGAAGACUGGAUUUGACUUCUUGGACAACUGGUAACUCUCGAAAAACCUUGCAGAAGGCAUUCCAGAUCCUAGGACCUACAAGCGCGACAAACCCAACACUACAGGACACCUUCCUUUUUUAAAAAAAACGCUUCAGUAGUUUAUUUAUAGUGCAUCGAUAUCACUAUGAUUGUAUUAAAAUCUUCAUCAAUCUGACCUCAUCUCACUGGUUGGAUGAUACUGAAUGCAUGAGCUAUGAUACAAUUAUCUGAGCAUACUUCUAUCCUUGUUUCUUAUGCUGUUUUCACUCAAGGUACAAUUCUUUAAAUCGGAGCCCUUUGCUGUUAAUACCAUAUUGGUCUGCUCUCCAACUUUUACGCUGUUCAGAUCUACACUACAUUCCUUGACCAUCAACUUUAGAAACACUAAAAUGGCUUAUCAUUGUAGCAAGUCUUCAAGUUGCAGAACAGGUUUGGUGUUCGGCGCAAUACACUUAAUCAAUACCAGCCCACUUUUGGAUCGCAUUGACAAAGACCACAAACUUAAACUGUGGUCUACAUAACUCCAAACCUUCAACUAAAACCACUUUUGGACUCCGGUUUAACUCCUUUAUGCAUAGUUGCAGAACUUUGGAAGACGCACUAGCCAAGCAAUUCGAAUGCCACAUUGCUUCCACUGCCAUGUGUUUCUAUCUAUGUUUAUCUAGACCUCAAUACUAGUGUUAAGAUGCUUCACUGUACGUUUAUUAAAAUAAGGACCUGAAUGAGGCAAUGUAGCGCUGGCAUGGUUUUAAGACGAUCGCACCUUGCUUGUUUUGUAGACUUUUUAUAUAUGCGUGUCAUUGUAUGCUUUGAAGUGGAAUAUUUACUUUUCUCCUAAAUGCGUUCUGUUGUCUCGUUCCUGUAGCACAGUAUACUAUGGGGUGAGCUAAUAAUUUAAAGCAAUAGGUUAAAUCUAUAUUCUUUGUUAGGCUCGAAACAUACUCCACACAUGCAGAUGCAACAUUUUAGGUCAAUUUUAUACGGUUUCGAAUUUGUAUUUAUACCCGUCGCUUAAUGCGAACGCUGAUACACACCUCUAAAAAAAUCUACCUUCACGUUGAGAUGAUUGGGAUCGCAAGAUCUGUGAUUGGUCGGCUAGGUAAAUGGUAGGGCUGGGCGAUUUGGCAAAAAAAAAUCUAGUUUUUUUUUAAAAGUUUGACCGAUUCACGAUUUUGAUUUUUGUUUUUAUUGUGUAACUAGUCAACUUAAAACAUUACAACAACACGACUGAAGUAAUCUCUCAAGUAACUUGAAAAACCAUCUCGUUAAGGAACUUAGUAUUUUUAAUGGCCAGAAGCAUCGCGACAAGGCGCGCACAUGACAGUUUAAAGUAUCACCGACCAAACGCGCACAUUCACAUGAUAUCUGUGACACGGCUGAAAUAUGAACUGCGCGGCGCAUCGCCGAACGGCGUUUCUGGUAUGCGACCGGCUUCAUACAGAGAGUGAACCAAAGCACAUUGGUGCAAUUAUGAUGUAUGUAAUAUUUUUAUAUAAAUAAAUAAAAAUUCGAUAUCUCGAUUUAAUAUGAAAUAAAAUCGUCUUAAAACGUAAAUUCGAAUUAAUCUAAAAAAUCGCCUAGCCCUAGUAAAUGGUGAACGAUAGGUGGGGCCAAGAGCUGUGAGAGUGUCUAACAAGUGUUGAGUUCAGCAGAAGAGCUCUGGAACAUGUGCAUGUAUAUCGUCCUCCACACGGUUAAAGGACUGCUGUUUGAGACUCCGGACCAAGGCAAGGCCCGGCUUCUGACGCACUGGGAACAGAUGGACUAUAGCAGGGCUGCUCAACCCUGUUCCUGGAGAUCUACCUUCCUGCAGAUUUCAGUUGCAACCCAUAUCAAACACACCUGCCUGUUAUUAUCAAGUGCUGUUCAGGUUCUAAUUAAUAGGUUUAGGUGUGUUUGAUCGGGGUUGGAGCUGAACUUUCCAGGGGCCUCAUGUACGAAGACUUGCGUGGAAAUUAUACUAAAACAUUGCGUACGCACAAAGCUGUAAAUGUGCGUACGCAGAAAAAAAUUCAGAUGUAUGAAACACUGCGUACGCCGAAUCUCACGCAUAUUCUUUUGUACAUCCGAAUGAACGUGAAACUGAGCGCAACAUGCACGAGCACAAAACUCCUCCCUGCCUCCUCCCCCGUAUGAAUAUGCUAAUGACUCUACUUUGGCAAAACCCAACGAAAAAGCAAUGGCAAAAAGAGAAACUUUGAACAGAAUGUGAAUUGGAGGUGCUGCUUUCGGAGGUAGACCGGAGAAAAGCGGUGUUAUUUGCAAGUUUGUUCUCCGGAAUUAACAACAAAAGAAAAAAAGAGUGGGAGAGUUUAGCUGAUGCGGUCAACACAGUUGGGUCUGAACAUCGCACUGAGUGCAUUUAAGAAAGAAAUAGUCUGGUUUAUAUCUAUAAAAUGUUGCACUACCCUUAGAAGUCUCAGUGGCGCAGCUCAUACGACGCAUGUGAUCAUGAACUGACACGUUCGAGCUUAAACUCGGUUCGAAUCCAGCGUCUGAUGAAUUAUUUCUUCUUUUUUUUCCCCGCUACAUAUCAGAUUUUGCCAACUAUUUAUCACGAGAAAGACAAGUAGGAAUCAUUAAUAAGUUUGUGCAUCAUAUUUUCUUUGUACAUUUAUUGAAUGGAAAUGUUUCUGAUUCACGCAUGCAAAUUCAUCUUCAGAUAGUGUCUUUAUAGCAAUGUGCGUGCGGUAGAUCGCUCCCAUUACAAUGGGAAAACAGGCGACUGCUGCAAAUUGCGCUUUAAUGUUUGGCUGGUCAACUGUAUAGUAUGGAAACCUUACAUACCUACUAGAUGAACCCGUCUCAUACAGCUGCCAUUGCAAGGCUCAGACACUUUGUAGAGAGGAAUUUAACACAACUGCCUCUAGGAGUCGCCAAUGGAAAUAAAACAGACACAAAAAAUGUGCGUACGCCAGCCAGAAAGUUGGCGUGGAGCUGCGCAGAUUCCCACGUUCAGUUUAUCGUUAGUAAAUCCAAACAUGAGCGAUUCUGAGCGUGAAACCUGGCGUACGCAAAGUUUUUGUGUGUACGCAGCAUUGAUACAUGAGGCCCCAGAUCUCCAGGAACAGGGUUGAGCAGCCCUGGACUAUGGUGUUCAGUUUACCGCCUCCCAAAAGUUUCUCACCAUCAUUCCUAUUAUACUGUAUUUCUUGAGCAGUUUCUAUACAAAGUAUGACAGAGUCCACUUCGUCAUCAACACCCGUUCGGUCUUUAAUGUGUUAUUGUAGUACAUUGGUGGCUGAACAAAGGUGGAGAAAGCGUCUCCACUUGCUUCCACUAGAAACGUGAAGCCAAAAUGUCCCUAAAAAUGGGUGCUGACAUUUUGCGCUAAUGCCAUUUGGAGCCAGAGUCUAAGCAGAAAUCAUGAAGUAGAUCCGCGGUAUUAUCGAUUAAAGUCUUGAAGUGAGUCAAUGCUCCUCUAUGAACUAGUUUUACUGGAAAAAUACACAUGACAGUCACCUUCAAUUAAUUGACGAUCCCGUUACGAUUUUUGCAUAAUUACAAAAGCCUGCCCCAUAUAAGCUAUUCUAUUCUAAAGACUAAAUUCACAUUGUACGCACUGUACACUAACCCUCACAGACACGUAAAAUGUGAAGUAUACUUUGAACUUUAUUGGUUGGUAGGUGGUAACAAACUACUAAAGGGAUGAUGGAGUAACCAUCUGCACCAUUAAAACAAGUAGCUAUAAUUCAGGUCAAAAGUUGAACUAGCUUAAGUUUGAUGUCAGAAAAUGAAACGACGUGCCAAAUCGAGACACUUUUGCGUUCAUUAUAUUGUUGUACGAUUCGGAGCUCAACAAACUAGAGUUCAGGGAACUGUUUUGAGUUGCUUUUCUUCUUUUUUUAAUAUAAAGUAUGUGGCCUGGCGCCAGUGUUUAUGCAUUCAUAUAUCUGUAAUCCAAGUUAAGUACAAUAAAAGAUGCACACGA